AUGACGACUAAUCAUUCCGAUUCUGAUCCCAAUUCUCACCUUCCACUUCCUCCUACUUCUAAUGCUAUCAUCCCUACCUUCCCUAAUCGAAAUCUCCAACUUGCUUUAUCUCCAAGUUACGAUCAGAGCUCUAGAAAGAAACGCACCAAAACCGUUGCUUCAUCCUCUAGCUCUUCCCCAAAAUCCACACCAAAACCAAAAUACCCCAAAAGACCGGACCCAAAUGCCCCCAAAAUCACACGUCCGUGUACCGAAUGUGGCAAACAGUUUUGGUCUUGGAAAGCUCUUUUUGGUCACAUGAGAUGUCAUCCUGAGCGUCAAUGGCGUGGCAUCAAUCCUCCUCCUAACCACCGUGGCCCCACUGCGGCUUCAUCAUCAAAACAACCAAACCAGGGAUCACAAAACUGGGUCUCAUUUAUGUCUGAAGAAGACCAUGAAGUCGCGUCUUAUCUUUUAAUGCUGUCCGAAGCCAUACCACCAUCAUCAAGCAGUGGUGAACGGUUCGAGUGUGGAGGUUGCAAGAAAGUGUUUGGAUCACAUCAGGCUUUAGGAGGACACAGAGCGAGUCACAAGAACGUUAAAGGAUGUUUCGCAAUCAAAAACGUAACUGACGAUCCUAUGACGGUUGCUUCUACAUCUAGUGAUCAAGAUCAUCAGGGUAAGACCGUUACGUUUUCGGGACAUCAUAAGUGUAAUAUCUGUUCUAGAGUGUUCUCGAGUGGUCAGGCUUUAGGAGGUCACAUGAGAUGUCAUUGGGAGAGAGAAGAGGAGACGAUCAUCGGUGGUGCGUUGGAUCUGAAGGUGCCUGCAACAGCACACGAUCCUUCUACUUCGGACACAUCAGGGUGUUCAUUAGAUCUUAGGUUACGACUUUAA